CGCGCGGGGCGUGUCCUCGUAGGCCCCGGGCCGAGCAUUCUCAGCACUCCAAGCAAUCCCUCCUACAGCCGCGGCAGGGGCUGAUACUCCAAAGUGUGGUUGAUCUGGUGUCUCUGGAAAUCAUUCUGACCACUGCUUCAGCCACCAUAGGAGUGGCAAGAUCCUACCUGCCAGGUGAAGGGCAGACCACUGACUUUUGACCUGUACCUGCUGACUUAUAGAGGCCCAGCAUGGGUGAAUUCAAUGAGAAGAAGGCGACAUGUGGCACAGUCUGCCUCAAGUACCUGCUGUUCACCUACAACUGCUGCUUCUGGCUGGCUGGCCUGGCUGUCAUGGCAGUGGGCAUUUGGACACUGGCCCUCAAGAGUGACUACAUUAGUCUGCUGGCUUCAAGCACUUACCUAGCCACAGCCUACAUCUUAGUGGUGGCUGGUGUUGUUGUCAUGGUGACCGGAGUCCUGGGCUGCUGUGCCACUUUCAAGGAGCGACGGAACCUGUUACGCUUGUACUUCAUCCUGCUCCUCAUCAUCUUCCUACUGGAGAUCAUUGCUGGCAUCCUGGCCUAUGUCUAUUACCAGCAGCUGAACACAGAGCUCAAGGAGAAUCUGAAGGACACCAUGAUCAAGAGAUAUCACCAGUCAGGCCAGGAGGGUGUGACCAGUGCUGUAGAUAAGCUACAGCAGGAGUUCCACUGUUGUGGCAGCAACAACUCUCAAGACUGGCGAGACAGUGAGUGGAUCCGCUCUGCUGAGGCAAGCAACCGUGUGGUUCCUGACAGCUGCUGUAAGACUGUGGUACCUGGCUGCGGUCGCCGGGACCAUGCCUCCAACAUCUAUAAAGUGGAGGGUGGCUGUAUCAGUAAGCUAGAGACCUUCAUUCAGGAGCACCUGCAGGUCAUCGGGGCCGUGGGCCUUGGCAUCGCCUGUGUGCAGGUCUUCGGUAUGAUCUUCACCUGCUGCUUGUACAGAAGCCUCAAGCUGGAGCACUACUGACCACGGUGCCAGGCCGGGCUGCCAGCCUUGCACUUUGUCCCACCCCACUACAACGUACUACUGAGUUAGACUGCUGAUUGCCAGAGAGGUAGCUGUCCUCAUGCCGUCACUACGACCCCUGGCGACCCCACCUCAGGGGUAGCUUCAAGUGCCUUUCACUGCAUACCAAAGUCCCAAGGCUUGAGGCAGUGUACUUGUCCCAGCGUAAGAGGGGGCCUGUUGCCAGUGUUGGGCUAGGCCUAGCUGGUAGAAUAGGGUUUAGAUUAUUUGACAAAAGUGCCUCUUGCCCACAGGCUACUUUCCUUUGGGUAGCUGUGAUUGGUAGUUAAGUGUGGGGAGAACUUGGGCAUACCACCUGCAUGGUGGGUAGAAGCAGAUGGGAAGAGGCCGUUCUGGGUGGGCUAGGUACCUUUCAUGCCCGCUGCUGGGAACCCUCAAAUCUGCUUGCCCCAAACUAAUGGGGCAAGCUGAGGGGAACUAUAACCCCACAGUAUAUGCCUUGUCCUCUCCAGGCCUUUCUUGCUCCUAACAGCCUCAGCCCUGGCUUUUGCCCACUUCUGAUAACAUCAUGCAAAUGCCCCAUGUUCCUGUACACUGUCUCCUUUUGGAACAUCUCUGAAUGGGGCAUGACUGUCUUCAUCCACUGCUGUAUCCCAAAUGCCCACAUGUGCUCCUGCUAUGUAACAGGUGCUCAAUAAAUAUAUUAACAGUUGAGUCA